AUGUUGAAGUUCUUAAUAACAUUGGGCAGGUCUUGGAAUAUUGGUGAUCUUGUUAUGCAUGUUAUGAAGGGUUUUCUUCAGUCGCUCCACAUUAGCAGUCCGCAAGAAGCAGCUGCUGUUCAGAUGGUAGGGUUUAUCCAAGAACCUAUUCCACACGAGGAAGAAUCUGGGCCUAAGCAAGAAAAAUUUAAAAUCUCAAAAUAUCCUGAGACUUUCAGGCUUGAUUUUGAGGAGUUUUCACUUAGUUCGAUCGAUUCAUUUCUGAAUCUUGAUUUCGCUCCCAUCAACGAAUGGAUUAACGACGUGCAAGCCCCUGAGGAUGUAGAGUUGAGCAAAUCUGAGAUUAGAAGUAUGGAUAACUUAAUUGGUAAUAGUUUGGACAAUCUUGUUCAAGAUAUGAAUCAAUCAGAAAAGUCUGUGUCGAUAAAGGUUGAAUGUAUUGGAUCUGCGGAGCAUAUAGAUUGUAGUAUGGAUAAAUCAGACGGAUAUGUCAUGGAGGAUUUUGUAAAGAAAACUGAGUUGGGUAGUUCUGAAAUUGCUGAAAUUAAUUAUGAUUGUCACCUGGGCGAGACAAAGAUUUCACUUGGAGACAAUGAAUGGAUAAACGAUGUGAAAGCCCCUGAGGAUGUACAGUUGAGCAAAUCGGAGAUUGGAAGUGGGAUGGAUGUCUUAGUUGGUAAUAGUUUGGACAAUCUUAUUCAAGUUAUGAAUCAAUCAGAACAGUCUGUGUCGGUGAAGGUUGAAUGCAUUGGCACUGCGGAGCAUAUGGAUUGUAGUAUGGAUAAAUCAGAUGGAUUGAGAGAAUGUGGCACGGAUGGUUUUGUAACGAAAGCUGAGUUGGGUAGUUCCGAAACUGCUGAAAUUAAUUCUGAUGGUCACCAUAGUGAGACCAAGAUUUCACCUGGAGAUGGAAGUGUUGGAUUGUUGGAUGAAAAAGAUUGUUGUGAAGUUGAGAAUUUGAAUUGCUCGAUUGAAGAGGAAUUGCAGAAGGUUACUUUGGGGGGCGACGGGCACAAGUUAGCAGUUAUUGACAUUGACAUAAAGAAAGAGAUUACUCCUGUUCUCAGUGAGGAGACUGCCAGUGAUUCUAAAUCCGAUAAUGAGUGUGAAUCGGCAUCAUCAUCGUCUGCGACAUCGUCGUCAUCAUCGUCGUCAUCAUCAUCAUCAUCGUCUUCUAGUAGUGAAAGUGAUGAUGACGAUGAGAAGGAGGUGAAAGAUAUGGAAGAACGUCAAGUAAUGGACUCUGAUGUAGAUAAUAUGAUUGCUUGGUCUGAAAACGACGAUGAGGAAGAUAACGAUAACAAAUAUGAGGAGAGCGGCGAAGAAUUCUCAUUUGAAGAUGAUGUUGCCGAUGGAGAUAGCUAUAUGAUGAAAGGAGCCAUCAAGUCAAAGAACGAGACCACGGUGCUUCCUAGAGUGGAUGAAGUAAAUGUCACUCUCCUACCACACCAAGAAAUAUUUCCGGUGGGAGUUAUCUCAUCUGUUUUAGGAAAUCAAGUCAUUGUUGAAGGGUCAGAGAAGCAUACUCCUCUUGAUGAGAGUUCAAUAUUAUGGAUAACCGAGACUAGGUUGCCACUAGGUCGAGUGGAUGAAAUAUUUGGGCCUGUUGAAAACCCGUACUAUAUUGUGAGAUAUAAUUCAGAAAGUGACAUUCCUUCUGAUAUCCAAGGUGGCACUUUGAUAGGGUUUGUUCCGGAGUUUGUGAAAUAUGUACUCCAGUCCGAAGCUCGCAAGAAAGGAUACGAUGCUUCAGGUCCGAAUGAUGAAGAGGUGACGGACGAGCUUGAAUUCUCCGAUGACGAGAAGGAGGCCGCAUUCAAGAGAAUGUUACAGAUGUCCAAGCGAGGUAACAGUAAUCAAGACCAGGGGCCUUCCUCGAACAAGAGAAAGAACAACAGAAACAAGAAUAAAACAUGGACAAAAGAUCAACCUUGUACCUCUAAUUCUCCAACUAAACAACCAACACAAACUAGUCAAAUGCAGCCGCAUGGUGGUCCCUGUGCACCAUCAUCUAGUGAGGCCAACCGAUUUGGCGCCACUUCAAUUGGGUCAGAUCUCUUUGGAAGACCUGCUGUGCUGUCUGUAGCUCAGGGUUAUCAGCCGGGUCCGCCCCCAAUGGGCCCGUUUUUCCCCCGAGGCCCUUCUCCAUUUCCUCAGCAACUCCAGCAAGCCGGGUUUCUGGUGAACGGGAUAUUACAACAGCAGAAUAUGGCUAUGCCAGGUGGCUUUCAAAUCAACAGUAUGCCCCCUGCACAAUGGCAGCAACAGUUUCACUUUCCACAGAUACCAUUGACAAACCCUGGGCUGUUUCAGCAGCCGUACAUUGGUUUACAAGGUCCAAGUUCUCAGUUUCCGAUCACUCCCGCUAUACCGUCCAAUUCAUUCCAAGCGCCUAGUUUCCAAGGGAAUGAAACGGUUCCUCCUCAGUUCAAUCAAGGUUUCUCGUCUGGUGGAGGGAGAGAUGGCAGAGGCCGAGGAAGGACGCCAUUUCACCGUAGAGGUGGUCGUUUUGGCGGUGGAAGAGGCCGUCAUCAGGCCAACUGAUUGAGUUUGUUAUGUUGGCUCUUAAAAUCCACUAUCAAUGUAACUUUGCCCAAUUUUGAGGUUGAAAGUAGUUAUCAGGGCACAAACUGUAUUGUUUCAUUUAAUUGAGUUGAUUUUCUUAUGUAUGCACAUUAUCAGUUUAGUCAACCAUUCCUUUUGUCAAUUAGAUGUUUACUAAUUUUAAACGAAAUCACACAUAAACAUUCAUGGAGAUGUUUGGUAAAUUUGAGUAUU